AUGUCUUCUGGACGUCUGACGGAUGCCCUGCAGUCCCUUCUGGAAUGGCUGACCAAAGCGGAAGUCUACCUCGUUCAGGAUCAACCAAUUCUAGGCGACCUGGAUACAGUAUCUAUACUCAUUGAGAAACACAAAUUGUUUCAGCAGGAGCUGACGAGUAGACGUGCCAUGGUUUCCGCCAUGCUAAGCAGCCCCUCAGACGACCCGCAAGUUCAAGGUCAGUUGAAGGAAUUGGGUCAGGUCUGGGAGAGGGUUAAAGAUCUGAGCGAGGUCAGGGAGAACAAACUGCAAGAGUCUUUAAAAUUGGCGGAGACCUUCAACGACGCCAUCCAGGUCGUUCGUGAUUGGCUGCCGGAUGCGGAGGCGGAGCUAAAAUUUCACUCCAUCCCAGACGAUGAAGAUAGCAUAAUGCAACUUAUUGAGAAUCACGAGGUUGUGAUGAAAUUUCAAGAAGAGCUAGAAGCCCAGCAGACGAACAUUGACAAGAUUCGAAGUCUGGCCGAGGAGAUCCUGGCAAGCUGUCAUCCGAACGCAGUCAGAUUUGUUAAGUACUACCUCACUAUUACACAGACCAGAUGGGAGCAGCCAAUCACGUCAGAUCUCAACUUCAAAAUCAACCAAUCACAUCACAUCCUUGUCUGCCCCAAGGCCGUCUCGAGAUCCAAUCAGAGGUCAGCAAAGCUACACGACGCUCUCAAGACGACACGUGACAAUGCAUCAACCAUGGCGGAGCUGAUGUCAUGGCUGAAUGAUGGCCAUGCCCUGAUGCUGGCCAAGGAUAAAGAUGACCUCCCUGAUGAUCUGACCGAAUUUCACGAAGAACUGAUCAACAAAUCAAAAGACAUCGAUCGAAUCGUCAAAUCAUUUUCCGGAGGCGUGUCCUCGUCUGGGACCUCACCCGCCUCUGGCCAAUCAGAAAAGAGAACCAACUCAGGAAGGCGAGGUCAACUUUUAAAAGUUAGCCAAUCAGAGACAAGCGAAUCGAUGAGUUGUAAAGCUACAGCACUUCAAAACAAAUGGAAGCUGGUCUUGAAGAUGUCGACCGACAGGAAGAAGAAGCUGCAGGACGCUCUCAGCCGAAUUCUAGAGUUGGAGAAUUGUCGAAAUUUCGAUUUUGAAGUCUGGCGCAGAAAGUACAUUGCAUGGAACCGAGCCAACAAGUUGAAGUUCAUGGAUUUUUUUAGGAGGCAGGAUCGACACGGAACCGGAUUGUUGACCAGGAAGGAGUUCGUAGAGGGAAUCAUGGCGUCAAAAUUCCCAACGAACGAGACUGAAUUGUUGGUGGUGUUUAAAGUUUUUGAUGUGAAACGACUGGGACGUAUCCAGUACAAAACGUUCGUCGACGCCAUCAUGCGGCCCGAUAAACCGAUAACUCCGAAUAGAUCCGAAUCGAAACUGACCUCAGACUCACAGACGAUUGACCAAGAGAUUGAUGACAGGCUGGCAAAAUGCCAGUGCAGAAUUCCCUUCACAGUUCAGAAGGUAGACGACUGCAAGUACAAGUUUGGCGAUAAGGAUAGGGUUUGCACGGUCCGACUGAUGAAUGGGAUGAUUUACGUCAGGUUUGGCAGCAGUUGGGUGCCUCUUGAAGAAUUCAUCAAUAACAACGAUCCCUGUAAAACCUUCAAAUCCACAAGUAGCGCCAGUGAACUUAGAGUCUACAACAGCAGCAGCAGCAGCAAUUUCGACGUCUGUAGCAACUACAGCUACGACAGUAGCCACAACAACAACAACAACAACAACAGUAACGCUUAUCACAACGUAACACUACCGAACGGCAAAAUGAACAACAACAGCAAUAACAACAACAGCAGCUACGCAACAAAUUCCUUACCUCGCGUUCGAACCCCGAACAGCAGAGUUGCAAAACUUUACGAAGCACCAUCACCUCUCUCCUCAUCAACUCCUCUUUCUAGAAACAACAACAACAACAACAGUAAUACUAAUAAGAUCAGCAACUAUAGCCAUAUAAGGAGCAAUCAUUUUAAAUCGAACGCGCUAGAAAAAUCGCGGCAAAUGCUCUUUUCAAAAUCCUGCGGCAACCUACCAGCAAAUGACGUCAUCAACAACAACAACAACGACAACAACAACGACAAUGGUGAAAAUGUUAGUUUCAACGGUUCGUCAUUAUCGAAGACUUCAAAGAACUUCGUGCAAGCUAACAAAAAUGUACUGUCAAGUAUGAGCCCCGCAAGAUUUGCCGGGACAGCAGCAAGAAAUGCAACGACUACAACAGCCACAAAAACGCCAACAAUCGCUAACAAAACAGCCACAAAAAUAUUAAUAUCUCCACCAUCAGUGACGUCAUCAUCACUAUCAUCAUCAUCAGCAGCAGCACCUGUAGCAACGACAGCAGCAACAGCGUCUACUGAAAAUGAUGCUCCAAUUCAAUCAUGUACAAAUUCUUCGAGCACAGGAAUGGGCCUAUCCGUGCACAACACCAGCACUUCCGGUUCGACACCGAGGUACCGGAAGGUCCACUCCACCCUUACGAACGGCCGGCAAUCGUCAGCGUCAUCUUCGUCGUCGUCGACCACAUCAACAUGGCCGCGGACUGAACCUAAUCAGUUGACGCCCGGUAGCCUCACUAACUCUGUGGCCUCUGCUCCUGGCGGUAGUGUAAUGUCGCCAAGACGCACCCCGGGCUCGCAAUCCACCCCCUCAUCUACGGCCUCGUCCCCCUCAUCAAGAUACGCCCUCAAGACAUUCACGACCUCUAGGUCGCCUCAAAGGACUCCAAGAGCCAGACCCUCUGUGGUCGCAGCUGAAGGUGAAGGUGAUGGAAGAAGGGGCGUGGCAAGUUCGUCUGAUCAAAGACGACGAUUGGUCAUCGGAGGUCCAGCUGCCACGGCUGCUAGUGGCGUUGGUGGUAACGUCAACAAAGCUGCCACAACAGCCACCACCAGUAGUAACAGUGGUGGUGGUAGUAAUUUGAAUGCUGGUACUAAUAAUACUAAGAGUCCUUCCCUCUUCUUGACUAACCGCACUUUGAAUAUUUAG